AUGGAUGCGCUGAGGAAGCAGCUAGAUGUGUUGAUGGGAGCCAAUCGAAACGGCGACGUAGAGGAGGUGACGCGAAAGUACUUCGACCGUGACGUCUGCCGCCUCUACCUCUCAGGCCUCUGCCCUCACGACCUUUUCCAACUUACUAAAAUGGACAAGGGACCUUGCCCAAAGGUGCAUUCGUUGCAGUUGAGAAAAGAAUACCAGGAAGCAAAAGCAAAAGGUUUAGAUAAUUAUGAUAGGGACUUGGAGGAUAACAUAGAUAGACUUAUUGUUGAAUGUGACCGGAAAAUCGAAAGGGCCCUUAAGAGACUUGAUGAAGAGGAUGCUAAGGCUGCUAUUGCUAUCUCCGUGUCACAAGUUACCCAAACACCAGAAAUUCUUGAAUUGUCGAAACAAAUUAAAGAGAAAUUGAAAGAAGUCGACCAAUUUGAUCUCGAAGGCAAGACAGACAUGAAGAUUCGUGCUUUGGAAGAGGUUGAAGAACUAAGAAUUAAAAGAGCCGACAUGCAGUCGACGCUUCUUUUGGAUGCUUUUAACAAAGAUCGGGCAUCUCUACCUCAGCCACUAACAACUUCACAGUUGGCACCUUUGCCAGCAGCUACUCCAGAUCCACGCAUACAGGAAAUGAUUAACGAGAAGCUAAAGAAAGCAGAAGAUCUUGGUGAACAAGGAAUGAUAGAUGAAGCACAGAAAGCAUUGGAAGAGGCUGAAGCACUCAAGAAGUUGCCAGCACGCCAGGAACCUGUACAAGAUUCUUCAAAAUACACAGCUGCUGAUGUGCGCAUUACUGAUCAGAAACUUCGUGUCUGUGACAUAUGUGGAGCAUUCUUGAGUGUUUAUGACAGUGACCGUCGCUUAGCUGAUCAUUUUGGUGGAAAACUUCACUUAGGCUAUAUGCAAAUUCGUGAGAAGUUAGCUGACCUCCAGGAAGAGAGAGACAAGAAACGAAAAGCCUAUGAAGAAGAAAGGAGAUCAAGAGAGCGGGGAAGCCGGGACCGUGACAGGGAAUCUAGCAAGGAUCGUGAUAGAGGUGAUAGCCGUGAUAGAGGAAGAGAAUAUGACCGCAAGAGCAGAGAUCGUGAUAGGCACCGUGACCGUGACCGUGACAGAGAGCGUGAUAGAGAUAAAGAUCAAUCUCGCGGCUACGACUCGAGGAGUCGCCAUAGAUCUCGUUCGCGGUCAAGAGAGCGCUCCAGAGAUUAUGAUCGCCACAGGCGUCGCUACUAG